AUGCUUCUCAAGCGUCUCCACACAAAGCUUCCCCCAAACCUCGCCCCCUUCAUCCCCGAACUGGAAUCAGCCGGCAUCAAAACCACAGAAUCCCUCAUCUUCACCGCCCCUUCCACCAUCCUUGCUCUCACGAGCACCAUCACCCAUGUCCAGCUUCAACAACUGGUCUCGGUAUGUAUCAGACUUACAUCUGGAGGGAUCAUGGCGGCGAAUGAGAUGGAGUAUGGGGAUGUGGAGGGGCCUUGGAGGGGGUUUGGGGUUAAGGGUUUGGAUGAGAUGGUUGAGAGCUGGGAUGGGGUGGGGGUAUUGGAGAUUGCUGGGCCCAGAAGGAUCGGAAAAUCGCUCCUAGCUCUACACGCCGUUCUCAGAACUUUGGCCGAUAUUCCUGAAGCGUCAUGUGUGUGGCUUGAUACCGAGGGGACGUUCGCGCCGGAGAGAGCUGUGAAGAUCUUGGAGCUGUGGAAGGUCUCAGAUCCACAUCAUAUUCUUCAAAGAAUAUCGGUCACGCCGUGCUUCCAACUCGACAACGUCCACGGCGCUCUAGAGUCGCUCAGAAUAGUCGUUCUCGACACCAUAUUCACCCAUUUUAAAGACCGCUUGACAAACACCUCCGCUCAAGGGCACGCAGAGCUUGUAUCUCUCAUGGAAGAUCUCUCUGCUCUAUCUUUCGCUCAUAACCUGGUUGUACUCGUCAUCAACUCCACAGUCACCUCCUUCCCCACCAACCCUCUCUCCGGCUUCAACAAGACCAACAUCAAACCCGCCCUCGGGACCGCCUUCACCUACUGCACCGAUGCUACGCUGCUCGUGCAAGAGACGGGAAAGGUUUUUGGGAUGAUGGACGAGGAAGAGCGGGAGAGGGUACGGAGGGCGCCGGGGUUGAGGGCUUUGGUGGAGGUUGUACGGAGUAGGGUUUCUCCGACUGGGAGAUGGGCCGUUUUUGAUACAGUGAGGAUUAUCUACGCUUUCGAGGUGGGCGCUGACUUUGGUUCGUAG